AUGGAAAAGCAUUAUUUAACUAAACAGCAUCAAAACGCCAUAACGAAAGCUGUUCGUCACAUAUUGUUCCAAUUAAACGAUAGACAAAUAGAUACUGAUCUUUCUCGACUAACAACUGCAGGAAAUUGUAAUCGUACUAUAGCUCAAUUACAAGAGCUGUGUGAAAUGCUUGAUAUCUUGUCAGGUGAUAUUGAAACAUUGAACAAGGACCAAGACUGUCUAAGUAAUGAAUCAUUUCGAAUUCAGAUAGCACUUCCAACAUUGACAGAAGAAUUAUCUCAAGUUAAAUUAUCGAUUGAAGAAUCACAUACUUUUUUUGGAAGGAGUGAAGCAUAA